AUGGAGCAGAAGAGCUUGUUCAUGUCGGCAUUGGGCGUGGGGGUAGGUGUGGGGCUGGGAUUGGCGUCUGGACAGGCCAUCCACAAAUGGACCGGCGGGAAUAGUUCUCCUGCGGAGGGCCUAACCGCCGAUCAAAUCGAGCAGGAACUCCGGCGACUCGUCGUUGAUGGCAAGGACACUAAGGUCACGUUUGAUGACUUCCCUUACUAUCUCAGUGAGCGAACACGAGUGUUAUUGACAAGUGCAGCAUAUGUUCAUCUAAACCACUUGGAUAUGUCUCGACAUACAAGAAAUCUCUCCCUAUCUAGUAGGGCUAUAUUGCUUUCUGGGCCUGCUGAACUUUACCUCCAAUCACUUGCAAAGGCUCUUGCUCAUCAUUUUGAAGCAAAAUUAUUACUAUUGGAUAUACCUGACUUUUCACUGAAGAUGCAGAGCAAGUAUGGCAGCACCAAGAAACAGACUUCUUUGAAGAGGUCCAUAUCAGAGGUGACACUGGAACACAUGUCCAGUUUACUUGGGUCUUUCUCAACUCCUCCAGCGACAGAGUCUAAUAGAGGUAGAUUGUCAAGGCAAAGCAGUGCCGAUAAAUUAAGGAUCGAUGGCAAUACCCCUCCUGUAAGGCAUCGUAGAAAUGCCUCUGUCUCAUCAGAUAUGAGUAGCUUCAGCUCACAAUCCUCUAUUUCAACUCCAGCUCAAAAACGCGCAAUCGGAUGGUCUUUUGACGAAAAAGAUUUCUUAAAGUCACUUUACAAGGUUUUGGUUUCUAUCUCAGAAACUAAGUGCAUCAUCCUCUACAUUAGGGAUGUAGAUAGACACCUUGAAUCUCCAAGAGCUUACAAACUUUUUGACAGACUUCUAAAGAAAUUAUCAGGAUCAAUGUUGGUUCUAGGAUCACAGAUUAUAGACCUUUAUGAUAAAACUGGUGAAGUAGAUGAGGGAUUCAGUCUAUUAUUUCCCUACAACAUCGAGGUUAGGCCUCCAGAAGACGAGACUCAUCUUAUAAGCUGGAAAGCCCAAUUGGAAAAGGAUAUGAAGAUGAUCCAGUUUAUGGACAACAAAAAUCACAUUGCUGAGGUACUUGCAGCAAAUGACCUUGAAUGUGAGGAUCUAGGAUCAAUCUGUCCAACAGAUACAAUGGUUUUGAGCAACUACAUAGAGGAAAUUGUAGUGUCUGCAAUAUCAUACCAUUUGAUGAAUAACAAGGAUCCAGAAUAUCGAAAUGGAAGGCUUAUUAUCUCAUCCAAGAGUUUGUCCCAUGCAUUAGGCAUCUUCCAGGGGGAAAAAACUGGUUCCAGAGACACUCUCAAAUUGGAAACAAAUUCUGAAUCUUCCAAGCCGGCUGUAGGGGGAGACAUUAUUGGGUCAAAGCCUGAAGCAAAGUCUGAAAACCCUGUACCUGAUACUAAACCUGGAACUGAAAAAUCAUCAGUUCCACUGGUGAAAAAGGAUGGUGAAAACACAGCUGCACCAAAGGCACCAGAAGUUCCUCCAGACAAUGAGUUUGAGAAACGCAUAAGGCCAGAGGUUAUACCACCAAAUGAUAUUGGGGUGACAUUUGAAGAUGUUGGUUCUCUGGAUGAUAUUAAGGAAUCACUUCAAGAGCUAGUCAUGCUUCCUCUUCGAAGACCUGACCUCUUCAAUGGUGGGCUUCUUAAGCCUUGCAGAGGCAUAUUGCUCUUUGGUCCUCCUGGUACUGGAAAAACUAUGCUGGCGAAGGCAAUUGCCAAUGAAGCUGGAGCAAGCUUCAUAAAUGUCUCAAUGUCAACCAUUACUUCAAAAUGGUUCGGUGAAGAUGAAAAGAAUGUCCGAGCUUUGUUCACUCUUGCAGCCAAAGUUUCUCCUACAAUCAUUUUUGUGGAUGAGGUUGAUAGCAUGCUUGGGCAGCGAACAAGGGUAGGAGAACAUGAAGCCAUGCGGAAAAUCAAGAAUGAAUUCAUGACACAUUGGGAUGGACUGCUGACAAAAUCUGGUGAGCGCAUUCUUGUUCUUGCAGCAACCAAUAGACCAUUUGACCUGGAUGAAGCAAUUAUCAGACGGUUUGAGCGCAGAAUUAUGGUUGGUCUACCUUCAGCAGAGAGCAGAGAAAAGAUUUUGAGAACUCUUCUAGCAAAAGAAAACGUGGGAGACAUUGAUUUCAUGGAGCUUGGAACAAUGACUGAAGGAUACACUGGAAGUGAUCUUAAGAAUCUGUGCGUAACAGCAGCUUAUCGUCCUGUCAGAGAGCUAAUACAACAGGAAAGACUGAAGGCCAUGGACAAGAAGCGCAAAGCUGAAGACGUGCAGAGCUCAGAAGCUUCUUCAGAUAAGAAAGAAGAAGCAACAAAGGAGAAAGUUAUCAAUCUGAGGCCUUUGAACAUGGAAGAUCUGAAGCAAGCAAAGAACCAGGUUGCUGCUAGUUUUGCUUCUGAAGGGUCCAUAAUGGGUGAGCUUAAGCAAUGGAACGAGUUGUAUGGCGAAGGCGGUUCAAGAAAGAAGGAGCAACUGUCUUACUUCCUUUAGAUUGUCAGAUAUAUGCAUCAAGGCACCGCAAUUCUUUUUGGAAGGGAAAAUAUAUCCAUCAUUUAUAUCACACAAUUUUUUUUUUUUUUUAAUUUAUCAAAAGCCCCCAUCUUCAUGUGAUCAACAGCAAAGACACACUAGAAUGAAUCCU